CAUCUCUGCAUCCUAUCUUCUAAGUACACACCGAAUAGUCUCAUUUUUUUCGAUUUUAAUCUUGUCUUACGGAUCUCAAUUCGCUUUCAUCGACAUGAUGAAAUUUUCUGUUGGAAAGUUGAUCAUAUUCCUUGCGUUGGUAAUCGUAGUCCUUCAGAUCAUUCAUUUGAUUUUGCUAAACAAACUUGAUAACAGGAACAGACUGAAAUCAUUGUUGAUGGCUCCACAGCAAGUUGAUAUCGAUGCGAUUGAUGAAGAAGUGGAAGUCACUUUCUUACAACUCGCAGAUCAGCUUCAAAAAGGAAGUAUCCUUGACUCAAGUGGAGAGUAUCAAAUUGUCUUCAAUCUUGCUCCAGCUUUGAAGAAACCAAAACCAUCUGAUGUCACCAUAGUUACACAAUGCUCUUAUGAUCACCUUAAGAAUUUAAUCAAUUUAAUUGUCUUUUGGCAGGGUCCGAUAUCAGUUGCUGUAUACGCAGAAAAUGAAAAUCUCCCGGAAGCUUUAUGGAGCAUUGCAAAUCUACUAGCUUGCCACUCACUCAUCAAAACUUUUGUCACUUUUCAUCUGGUUUCUCCGCUGCCUCCCAAAAUUUCACCUCCAGUUUCCAUUGCUCCUUCACUAUUGAGCAAACAGCCUUGUCAGUGGAUAAAUACUUCUGAAAGCAAUUACGCAAAGCGGAGAAGUUAUCCGAACAACUUACUCCGAAAUGUUGGACGCAAGAACAUUGCUUCAGAUUUCAUUUUGAUAAUUGACAUUGAUAUACUACCCAGCCAUAAUUUAAGGAAGGAUUUUAUCAAAUUUGCCACAAGUAAAAAGGUGUCUCAGAAGUACCCUAAUGAGUUUAAUAAAACUGUUUUUGUUCUCCCUGCGUUUGAAGUGAAUUCUGAAAUCAGCACUCCACUUCACAAAGAUCAGUUGACACAUCUGCUGAAGUUAGGGGUAGCUCGGCCCUUCUACAUGGAAGUCUGCAGCAAAUGCCAUAUUCCAACUAACUAUGAAGCCUGGCAGAAAGAGAUUUCAUCCUCAGAACUCUUGCCUUUGUUCGAAGUGCCAUGGAAAGACCCGUGGGAACCAUUUUACAUCGCUCUGAAGAAUAUCCCAUCCUAUGAUGAACGAUUCAAACAGUAUGGAUUCAAUCGAAUAAGUCAGGUUUGUGAGCUGCACAUUGCAGGAUAUACUUUUGCCGUCCUAAAUAAUGCAUUCCUGGUCCAUCAAGGUUGGAAAACUGCAUCCACAUUCCACUCAGCAAAAGAGAAUGAUUUAGAACGGAACAGAAUCUUAUUUCGGCAGUUUAAACAGGAGCUGAAAAGCAAGUACCCAGAAUCGUCUCGCCGAUGUUACUGAAAAUGUGGCCAAAUCAUUGCACAUGACUGUAUGAUCGCCCAUGCCCUGACCAAGAAGUGUGAUUACUGAUAAUCUCAUCAGAAAGAGAUGUAUGAUCCUCAAAUGAUGAGCUGUCAUUGUAAGGGAAAUCUGCCUCAUAAGAAGAAGAUACAAAAGAGCAAACUCAAGGCAAAAUAAUUACAUAUGAAUCAAUGCACAUCACAAGAGUUGCAGCAACUUCUAUUUGCCUAACUGCUUAACCAUCUAUGGGUAAGUAUGAUUUAUGAAAGACCUUUCAAAUUCAAAUGAAACGUUGAUUUUAAAAAUCGAAAACGGAGCUUUGUGCUUUAAAACUUGCCAAGAACACUGCACUUAAACAAUUCCUUAACAGAAGAAGUUAUUCCAUUUUCACAUUUAUUUCAAAGCCUUGUCACUUGCUUCAUUCUCUUUGUAGUGGACAAAAUAAGACCAUGAGGAUAUUUUUUCUCCUGUAUUAAAGUUAAAUUUUCAAAGAGCCCGUAAGCCUGUAUCAGGAAGUUUUCAAUUUCCAGGUUUAUCUUUGUUUAACACUCAAAUCAGCUUUAGCUA